AUUCCAUUGCCAGGGUUAUUGCUAGUAAUCCCAUCUCUCUCCUCUUUCCUCUCUUCUCCUCUCCCCCCUCCCUCCUCCUCUCCUCCUCUCCUCCUCUCCUCUCUCCACAGCAGCGCGUCUCUCACCGCGCCUUGGAUGCAGUGUGACCAGCAGCACCGAGACAAGAAACCGUCCAGCAAACCGCCGUCCAGCACACCAGCACAGCAAAAAUAAAACCCAAACGAUGACAUUCUCACAGAUACGACAGAAGCAAACAAUCAUUUGACAACUUUCGACCCACACCUUGCCUUCGCCGCUCCUCGUUGUAAGUGCCCAGCUACAACUUUCCCACCCUCCCCCCUCCCCCAGCCUAUCGGCCCUCCAGCCCAUCGGGACCAUGAUGCUCAGCAGCUCUGUGGAGGUGCCCAGCCCGGGUGGGAUGAGCGGCCUUAGCGGGCUGAGCGCGGCGGCCCGGAACGUGGUGCGCUCAUCCAGCAUCUCAGGGGCCAUGUACAGCCUGGACAAGAGUCCUGGCAGCGGGUGCCCGGACUCUGCGUCGCUGGCUGGCAAUAAGAAGCGGCGCUCCAGUCUGGGCGCCAAGAUGGUGGCCAUUGUGGGGUUGUCGCAGUGGAGCAAGAGCACACAGCAGCUCAACCAGCAAGACGGUGGGACGAAGAAGCUUCGCAGCACCAUCCGACGGAGCACAGAGACUGGCAUUGCCGUGGAGAUGAGGAACCGAGUGACACGGCAGGGCAGCAAGGAUUCCACUGAUGGCAGCACCAACUCAAACAGCUCAGAUGGAACGUUUGUCUUCCCUACCACACGCCUGGGGCCUGAGAGCCAGUUCAGUGACUUUCUGGAUGGACUAGGCCCAGCUCAGAUCGUAGGCCGGCAAACACUAGCUACACCCCCCAUGGGGGAUGUCCAUGUAGGCGUGGUAGACAGAGGAGGGCAGCUGGAGGUGGAGGUCAACCAGGCCAGAGGGUUGACCCCCAAACCCGGUUCCAAGAACAUACCAGCGACGUACGUGAAGGUGUAUGUCCUGGAGAAUGGUGUGUGCUUGGCUAAGAAGAAAACCAAAGUAGUGAAGAAGACUCUGGACCCCACCUACCAGCAGGCUCUGUUGUUUGAUGAGAGUCCUCAGGGCAAAGUCCUACAGGUAAUAGUGUGGGGGGAUUACGGGCGUAUGGACCACAAGUGCUUCAUGGGAAUGGCCCAGAUCCUCCUGGAGGACUUGGACCUGUCUGCAAGAGUCAGCGGCUGGUACAAGCUGUUCCCUACCUCCUCUCUGGCAGAUCCCAGCAUCGGACCCCUCACCAGACGCCUCUCCCAGUCCUCCCUGGAGAGUGCCACCAGCCCCUCGUGCACCUAGACACCCAGUACGCACCCACAUGCACGGGCACAGGCAGAGUCAUGCAGACACACGGACACACGUACUGUAUAUACACUACGACUGUAUUCAAAGCGCAAGACAGGUAGGCAUACACACACACCCAUGUGCAUCUGUGCAGGAAAAUACACUAAACAUAACACCUGAUCUCAUUCACAUUCAUACACACACACACACACACACACACACACAUGCUGCCAUAUCUAAUACUGGACAUUAAACUCUACUGUACGCCCACAUUCUCACUCACUGAUGAGUGUUUUUAGUGGCGAUAGCGGUUAGCAACUCCAACUUGAAGUAGACAUAAUUAACCAGAACAUGUAGCAUUUUUCACCCUGCCAUUUCACCAUUUCCCACCAUGACGCAACGAUUCACCAGGGGCCAUGCUCCGCAUUCCAAGAUACCAGAUUUCCGUGGCACGACUCAUCCCAGGGCCAUCCCGAUGCCAGUUUCUAAACUCUCUAUGCCAAACUAAGAAAAAAAAACUUUAUUUUUUAAAACCAAAGCAAUUGUUAUUGUUGUUAUUAUUACUAUAAGUAGUAGGUGAACUAGUAUACAAUAUAAAGUAUGGAUAUGUAGCAGAGUCAAUGACUUAGAUGUAAUGCAAAAAAAGAAGAUACACUCUACACACAUGAGCUGAGAACGGUAGGCCAAACACAUAAACAUACCUGGGCAACAGGCUUGGAUAUUCACAUAAUGGCUAUUAUGUGAGGUAGCAACACUGCUAUUCUAUAAUUUUCACAGGGCAGAGUUUAUAUAUAGAUAUACAUAUAUAUAUAUAUAUAUAUAUAGAUAGAUAGUUAAAUACUUAUUUGUGUUAAUGUAUGUAUCGGCUGCAUUCUGCAUGUUUGCUUGCGACCCUUGUAGAGACAUUUUAAAGUGCUUCAAUCUUUUUAUUUAGCUUGCCUUGACCAAUGUAACAGGAGUAUAGUGCCACUUUAUUUUGCGAUCCGUCCUGAGAAAAGAGCACUGCACUGAGUUAGGGAGGAGGAUGGUGACUGGGAGAGCGCUAUCAUCGCCAUUCUGCAGAAGAGGAGAACCAAAUUAGCCAGCCAGCUACCCCAUUUUGCUGAUGGACAAAUUUCUGAUCCUGCCUUCAUUUUCAGAGUAUUGGACUGUUGUACCAUAGGGCACUCAGCACAAAAGGCGUUCUGGGAAAUGUGUCCAGCUCUAGUCUGGGGUUUUUGUGUUCCACAUCCAGCGGGGUAUUAUCCACAGUGUCAGUCUCUCUGUAUACCAGCACCUAGACUUGUUUGAACUUUCCUUUGAUUUCCCAUUUUGAUGUCAUCUUCUUUUUUCCUUUUUGCACUCUUCCUAAUUGAUGAAGGAAGCAGGAAAGUGGUGGAUGUGCCUCUGUUUCUCUUCACAUUUGCUCAAAUCACAGCUAGACAUGCAACCACAGGCAAACACGCACACACUUGGUACAACCUUUAACCCUCCGACUUUCUCUUUGGUCACACCUCUCUGUCACACUUACUGUAACCAAACCUUUGCUGUAAAUGUGUAAACAUGUAUUUAAUUCCAGAUGAGUUUUUUUCUUUUUGAUAUCCGACUAUUUACGCCAGUAUUACUUUGCCAGCAGGGUGAUUGUCAGCCUGCCGGGAUAUAGUAGUUUACUUGUUUCAGGUGCAAUAUGUCAAUCUGACUACAUCCUUCAGCAUGAUCAGCAUUCAGCAGAGUCAGGCAGUAUGUUUAUGGCACUUUACUGUAAAAUAUGUAUUCUGUUUGAAUUACUGCAGUGGUUGACCACCUGUUAAAUUAUUGUUAUUUUAUUUUAUUUGGUCACACUGCAUUGUGCAUCUCUAAAUCUUUUAAUUGAAUGCCAGCAUGGAAAUGUAACUCAAGUGUAUUUUAAGAUUUGAUUGAAAGGCCCACUAGAACAACUGGAACAGGUCAGCUUUACCUGUAGCACUUUCUGCCACUGAUUUGACACUUCAUUUAUUAUUAUUUGCAAAGAAAAUGCUUAGGGGGAAAAAAAACAACAUAGACUAGGAUAAAGUAGGAAUAUGUAACAUUUCAAUCUCUCCAGAAACUUUAAAUGUCAUGUCUUUUAAAGACAGAAAAAUAUUUUUUUUUAAUUUUUGCAUCUGUGUUAGACCAAUUUUUAAAACUGUCAAUUUUGACCUUUUGUUGAAAUGACAACAGAUGGUUUUACUUUUUCCUUUUUUGAGAGUAAAAUGUCUUUCUCAAAAACGUAAGACUGACCUGUCGGCUGCUGUAGUAAAUGUGCAGCAGUUGAGUCUUCAUUGACAGCAAACGGAGCUACUGGUGUUUACUGUUUUAUUUAAUGAUGAAGAUUUUUAAUAUACUCUUCAGUGUUGUGAAUCUGUCUGUCUUGACACCUACACCAAACCUUGUAUAUGGAUAAAAACACUAAAGACUGUCAUAUUUUAGUUGUACUAGGAGAGUUAACAGUCUUAACUUAUAAGCUAUUAAAAGCUUGAGUGUGUUUACAAGCUCAUAUUUGGUUUUAACACCACCAUAUGUUCUAUCGACUGCUAAGAUGUUCUUUGAGCUGUACGGUUCGUUCCUCUCUUCAUGUUUCUGCAAAAAGGGAAAAUCCGAGGCGUUUCGUCUCUGCAGCACCUCAGACCAACAGAAUUCACGUUUCAACGCUCUUUAAACUUUGGAUAAAGGGAUCUCUGGCAUUCUUGAAUUUUUGGGAGGAUGAUGAUGACACCUCUCGCUAUGUAUACAACCCUUUUAGAGGAACCAGCAAUGUCAUGGAUUCCGAUUUUCUUUACGUUUUGAAGCGAUUCCUUAACUGUAUGGUCAUGUAUAUGAAGUACUUUUAUGUACCUUAUUAAUUUGUAUCUAUUUUUGUGGACAGCUGGCAUGAUGUAAAAAUAAGGACUUAUGCUCUUGGUAUUUGCACACACUCUCUUCUGUGUGCGCCUUUUGUGAAUCUUAGAAGACAAAAAAAAUAUAUAUAUAUAUAAAUGGUUGACGAGUGAAACAAAAUGGAAAGAACAUAAAACUUAAGAAGUUUCUCAACCUGUAUAACAUCCCUAUUCACUGCUGAAUGUUCAGUCCUUUGUAACCUCUAUAAAAAAAACUGUUAAUAUUUUUCCAUGUGAUUUCCAAUGUUUUGGAGCUUGUAUGAGACUGUAUGUGUGUCCCUUUGCUGUAUAUUGAUUAGCCCAAAACAUUAACAGUUUUGAUUGAAAGUAGGGAAAGAGACAAUGCAAAGUGAUGUCUAAUUAUCUUAUAAGACGUGUUUAUAAGAGGGCAGAGAGCAUUUGCCAAAUUUGUCCAAAUCCUUUUAUUCCUGCAACCAAAAGGAAAGUGGAAAUAUUGCCUUUCUUCAAAGUGUAGUGUGGGUGUGUGUCUUUUAAUAAGUUUAUUGUACUGCGUGAUGCAUAAUGAGUGGCGGAGCGGUAAGAUGUGAGUGAGAGAGAUUUAAAUGUGUAGAUAUUUAUUAAAAAAAACACUCAUAUUGUGGACCACAGUGAAGAGAAUUCAAGGAUCAGGGUUUUCAGAUGAACAUUAACACCUUUUUUCUCUUGUUGUGGCAUUUAUCAUAGAUUAGAAAAAAAAUGCACAUAAUUCCCAUGCAUUGUCUCGCCACAUGGUCAUUUGAAUUACUUGGACACAGACUAUUGUUUUAAGCAAGUUGAAGAAAUGAUCAUAAAGCUGAAAAAGAAGGUGGAAGCCUCAUAAGCAGCAGGGUAAACUAUCGCGGGGCAGAGUUACAGCUUGUAUGCUUAGACUUUUUUGAAUGUGAAGGUAGCUGCAUGAAAGCAGGUUGAAUCAGAAAGGUGUCGAUGACAGACACUUUAGAAGAGUUUAUUGUAACGUCAGGAAACAGCAUGGAGCAUGAAGAGCUUGUGUUUCAGAAAGGGAGACGCUGUAUGUUAUUGAUUUGACAGAAGCUCUGAGGUUUGAAUGUAAAGGCUGCGGAUGCUUGAAGUGUAAACCCAUACGCUCACUUGCUUCUCUCUAAAAUCCACAUUGAGCAUUCUGCAACCCAAUUUUAUCGUGUGCAAAAAAUUUAUAACAUAUCCUCAAUCAACCUGAAUUGUCUCUUGAGUGCUAUGUUGAAAAUGUGUUUAUUUUUGUAAGGAGAAAGGAAUUCUUCAGAGGAGGAGGAGUAGGUUAGAGAGGCGGCGUGGGCACAACCUGCCUUUAGAUUUUUUGCGAAAAUGAGGGCUUGUUCAGUUUACAAUGGCCUUAUUUUGUGUCGGAGACAUUGCUUCACUAUUGUAGCACACAACUGAAAGUUUUGACAAAUGUAUUUUGCUUGAAAUAUUGUACUGAAGUUAUAUAUGUGUAUAUGUAUAGUUUUAUGAAUGUAUUUCUUAAUCCUUACACCUGAACUGAGUGUAAUUUUUUUGUCAUCUUGUUUGCUAUACUGUCUCUUUGAAGACUUUUCCAGGGACCUCGCCUGCAUUGGUUCAGGCAGCCCCUUCUUUAACUGUACUGUAUACUGUAUGUCUUAUUCUUUGUGUAUCCAUUUAAAAGAACAGCUCCGUGGUUGAAACACGCAUGAAUUCUGUCUGGCGAAAUGCAUUUUUAUUUAUUUAUUUGAAUCGCCAUGAUGGGUUUCAAGCAGAAGGAUUGCUAUUCCCCCCCUGCACCGAUUUAACUUUUCGAUUUAUCUACCAAGCUGAUGGGAUUGUUAUGAUUUUUGUACUUUGUACUCAAAAAUGUUUGACGCAUGGUUACUCUGAUGAUUUUCUUGUAUUUAAUCUUUAUGAUGGUAUGACUAUAAUGAUAAUUAUUAUAAUGACAAGCAACAAUAAUGAUGAAGUCAAUUUGACCCAGUACCACAUCAUUGAGAAAUCACUAAGAUGCAAAAGAAUUGUCAAAAAAUGCUGCAGCAUCUUAAAGUAGCAUGGACUUAGCCUUCCAUUUUCUGAAAUACUUCUUCUGGCAAUAACCAUGGGCUGUAGCAUCUUACUAUUGCUGGGGCCGUCACUCUCGGCCUCUUUCUCACUCUUGAGAGUCGAAGGUGUGGAGACCUCAGACUGUAUCUGUAUCAGUUUACCAUUGUGACAAAUGAGAUAUAAAGUCAAAUCCCAUUUUCAGACACUUAAAAGCAAUUUAGACUCAACAGAGCAUGCAAUGCAUUGUGAAUUACUGCUAUCUUAUGAUAGCCCCCCAUGAGCAACAAAUUUUUAUUAUUGAGUUUUUAUUGUACUUUCAUUUUCUAAAGACGCAUGCAUUCCACAUGUCUGUUUGCCAAUGUAGCAGCUGUCAACUAGAACAAAACAGACAUCUUCUUGUAGUGUUUUUUUUAAACUACUGAGCUGAUGGGCAAAUUGCGAGGUUUUGCUGCUGAAUAUGCCAGUUUGUCUUCAUCCACAUUAAUAAAUGUCACAGCACAAGUUUCCUGAGUAGCCACCCUGUCUUUUUAGCUGUCUGUCAGAUUAUAUUAAGGCCACUGUAGCUCCCCUCCCCACUGUCAAGACAACCGUCAUCUUAUCAAGCCCAGCAAACGCCCUAAAUACAACCUGACUAACUGCUAAUAUGGACCCUCAAAACAAAGUUUACCCUUUGAUAGUUUUGAUUAUAUUUAAUGGAACAUAAUGAAAUUCCCAAGCACAUAUAGAAAUGUAAAGAUGGCUGGACUCAUUUGGUGAGUUAAACAAAACAUUCAGCCCAGUGAAAUUGCUGGUGUUGGUAGAUAAGUGGUUGUCUUCUCUAACUGGCCUUAACCUUUCCACCAAGGAGUGUUCACAGAGUAUGUUUUAAAGGGCAAAGCAUACUAGCAGACCGUCUGAUGAAAGGAUGCAGUUUAUGGCAAAGAAGAAAAAGGGAGCUGUAAUUUUAUACCUGUGCUUUGUAAAUGUUUUCUAUGUGCAGUAUUUGAUAAUGUAAAACUGGUAUUUUUGUGGUUUGUACGCUGCAAAAUUGAUUACUUAAGGUGCACGUAGUUUUGUAAGAAAAUAGAACUAAACUGAGAAAAAAAAAGAACAUUUCGGAUUCAGAAGCCUGUAUUUGCAUGCCCUUUGACAUCUGGACGCAAAGUCA